AUGAUGAGCGCUGCGUCGUUUUUAACUCCCUUGGGGAAGCGCCCUUCGCAAUACCGCACACCGUCCCCUCCGCCGCGACGCGCUGUCGAACCCAUCACUCCCUCUAGAACCGAAUUUCUCGCAACGUGGGCCGAGCGUAAUUUAACCCGGGCCACAAGUCUUGACCGUGACCAGCUUCCAUCAAAUCAGAAUCGCAAUGCCGCUGUUGAUGCCGGCUCCCAUCACCGGUCGGGUCAUGGCCGGUCAAAUUCCACCAUCGACACACUUGCAACCAUCGCCCUCGCAACGAGCCCGACUUUCGCUCCGCUAUCAUAUCGUCCGCCCUCCCCCGAUCGCUCGACCGCACCCUUAUUUACUCCCGACAAUCAUUCCGAGCGGCCGGUCAAACGCCCCCGAUCAGAAAGAGACCCGUCACCUCAUCACUCUCGCGGAAUUCCACAGAGCAACUCCCACUCCACCUUCAUUGACAGCAUGAAAACCGAUGCGGAGCUUUUGCUCAACUUCGCCCGACCCACCAAUUUCCACCCCGACAGAGACAAAAAACGGGUCAGCAUUGACGAAUCUUAUCACAAUCACGGUGCCGGUUCAAUACGUCACAAUCGAGUUGGGUUUGUCGGGGAGUCUGCUGGCCCGGAGGAUAGGAAAUCCUUGCAUCACGAGGAUGGCAUUCCACCUUCACGCAUGAGAUCUCAUUCGGAUGGUUCUGCAUUCCUCUCACGUCCCGUGGUUCGAGGCGUACGCCCGGCAACUAGCUCAGGAGGGACAUUGCCCCCAAUUGUCUGGGAAGAUGAGAACGAGGAUGGCCCUUUAACGGACGUGUCUCGUUAUGCUGGAUAUGGUGACCAUCAAACCACCGAGGACGGAGAAUCUCUUCCUAAUCAAGCACCUGACCCCACCCUCAAAGUUGAAGAAGAGGCAGGUGAUACAAAUCAAGCAAGCUGCACUGCGUGCCACCUGGUGCGGAUCCCAAUGGAGACUGAGGAGCAAGAUGAAGACACUUGGAUUGGCUGCGACGGAUGCAAACGCUGGUUCCAUAUUGUUUGUGCUGGGUUUAAGAACGACAGGGAAGUUCGCACGGUUGAUAAAUUUAUCUGCCGUUCUUGCCGAGCAACCCAUGGCCAAACAACCUUUGUGCGCAAAUCUUCGCGCGCUCGUACGGCAAUCGACUAUGCUGGUCUCAACCAGGGACUGAUCAAGGCAGCCUCUGAUUCCACGGAGCACCAUUAUCUUGAGCCCAUUCGUCAAGGGAGGAUUAAAUUCCAACCAGAAAGCUUUCCUCGCAUGAGGCCGGAGCUAGUUACUGCCGAAUAUUUCGAGCGAGGUAAUGGAUGGAACGAACCUGUUGUCAUUCCUGCCUGCUGGAACAGUCGUGACCCCGUUCCUGAAGUCCAUGCGGAUCUGGAGGCUUUGGUACAUGAAGCUCCAACACAGGAAAUGUUUGAUGAACUACUCGACCACGUUUCUGAGGAGGCAAUUGAUGUCAAAGACAACCCCGAGUGCGGCCAAGACCAACUUGAUAUGGUGAUUCCCCAAGGUCUCACCGUCCGGGCGGUAGCCGAGCUCUAUGGCCCCGAGGAGAGAGUUGAGGUCAUCGAUGUCAAAUCACAACAGGGCGAAGAUAAAAGGUGGAACAUGCAGAAAUGGGCCGAUUAUUAUGAGAGCGCUGAACCCAACAAACCUGUUCGAAAUGUCAUCAGCUUGGAGGUUUCACAAAGCAAGCUAGGUCGUCUUAUCAAGCGGCCUAAGGUUGUACGUGAUCUGGACCUUCAAGAUGCCGUAUGGCCUGAAGAGUUGAAGGCCAUUGGCGACUACCCCAAGGUUCAGUUCUAUUGCCUCAUGUCUGUCGCCGACUGCUAUACCGACUUCCAUAUCGAUUUUGGUGGGUCUUCGGUGUACUACCACAUUCUGAAGGGCAAGAAGACUUUUUUCUUCAUCCCUCCCAAGGACAAACAUCUCAAACUGUACGAGGAGUGGUGUAAUUCUCCAGCUCAGGAUUCAAUGUUCCUUGGAAAUCAGACAAAAGAGUGUUAUCGUGUGGAUCUUUCCGAGGGGGACACCAUGCUCAUUCCCUCAGGCUGGAUCCAUGCCGUUUGGACUCCAGAGAACAGUCUAGUCAUUGGUGGAAAUUUUCUCACCAGACUGAACUAUGGAAUGCAGAUCAAGAUCCUCAACAUCGAAAAGGAGACUAAAGUUCCUAAGAAGUUCAGGUACCCCUUCUUCCAGAAGAUUCAAUGGUACACUGCAUUGAAGUACCUGGAAGAUGACCCGAUCCCACAAAGUGUGCUAGAGGCUUUCGCCCAAGAUGAAAAUUUCCGACUUCACCGGCAUUACCCUAUCUAUUAUGAGUUUGGGGAACGUUCCAAUCAGGAGCCUCCUAGCUCCCCUUACUACAACGCCCGAUUCUACUCCCAAGCAGAAUUGGAGGGCUUGCCAGAGUUGACAAAGUAUCUUCUGCGGACAGCCCUCAUUGCAAGCUCUUAUACCGUCGACGGAGUGACAAUUGAAGUACGCAAUGCGGUCAGACGCUCCAUUCCGAAGGGAGUCGGAGAUCCCCUGGAUGUGAUUCGCAAAUUCGGUGUUUGGGUCGCUUGGAAACGUGGUAACGAGAAAGCCCCUCAGUGGACUCGUCCUGGUGUCAUCGAAAGCAACUCAAAGGUGUCUCUCACAGAAAAGCGACCAGCAGGUCGACCUAGUCGACGUUCUGAACGUAAUGUGGACAGCCACCGCACUUAUGCUGAAAGGCAAGCCGUUCAAAGGCCAACGGAUGAGGAUGCCACUCCCGUGCCUCCCACGAUCAGCGGUACGAUUCCGCCAUCUGAAAGCGCAACGCCUGCCCCGGUUGGCACCGUCGCUGAAAUCGCUACUCAAGAACCACUCACUCCUAAACCACGAUCUGCCCCACGUGGCUCGGGGCUUGGUCCGAAACGUGUCGCUUGUGAUGCUUGUCGCAGACGACGCAUCAGGUGCCGUCAUAAAGAUGAGCCGACCGAGUGGAUACAGGGUCGACAAAUGGCAAUGAAUGGAUUUGUCCCUGGAUCGGGUCUGAGCACCCCAUCUUCUCUCGCCCAGGAUGCAGUCUCGGCUCUGAACUCCUUAGCUGCAAUCGCCUCACAAGCCGGAUCACAAAGCAAUGGCGUGGCUGGCCUGGAACACUUUGAUGGCUCUGCCUUUUACUCGACAAUCAUGGGUGCCUCCACUGCCGCCGCGAACAGACUCAAUGACGUGAGUCCUGACGGUGCCAAUGGCAGUAAGAAGGGGCGAAGUAAGGCGUGUGAUGACUGUCGGAAAAGCAAGCGCCGUUGCAUUCAUGAUGACCGUGGCAACAUUGACCCGAUUAAAGCUCAAGAAAGAUCCAAGCCUCGUGGGACUGCUUCUACAAAGCGACCCCGCCCCAAUGAAGAUGACAUUGUGUCUGCCGCAGCCAAGAAAGCCAAGCAGGAGAGCACAUCUCCAAUUGCUCACCCGGUAUUCUUCGGUCAAAAUGCCGGCGUUAUGGUGCCGCACGCGAUGCCAGUCACAAGCUACGACGAGGAAUCCGUUGCCUAUGGUGUCAUAGAUCAGCUUCAAGCUCAGCCUAUCAAAGAGGGUGAAGCGCACAUUGGUCAAGCUUUAUAUGCAUCGCCACCCGCUUUUCAUGCCGAUCCGGUCGAGGGCAAGGAUAUUACCUCGAUGUCAGUUUCAUCAAAGCCGACUGCCUCCCUGGUAUCCCCACCUACGUCGCUGGCCGACGAAAUGGAUGUGGUACAAGAAGGUGAGGCACUAGCAUCCGUUGAGAGUGAGGCUCCCAAUGCGCUGCACACGCCCAACUCGAGCUCUCGCAAUUCGUCACGCCAGCCUCGACACGGUGAACAACCUCGUCAUGGAGAGCACGAGUCUCGUCAUGGGGAACGCUUCACGGUAGAGGUAUCCAAUCGCCCGAAUAAUUCGGUUAGUAUUCCAGCCUCGUCUACUUUCCGCCGAACGACCCCAGGGUUUGCGAGCUCGUCCAAAAAACCUUCAUCUCGGCCCUCAUCAUCUCAUGCAAAGAAAAGUUCCCCGAUGGUGGAGAGACGUUUUGAUCGCCACGGGCCCACUUCAUUGUCUCCUCAUCAAUUCAAACAUACCAAGCAUCUUCUCGACGAGGAUGAUACGGAUGCUGAGAGCCUUCGUCUCAUUCGAGAGCUUCAAGAAGAAGAGUUUGGGCUGCGAAGACGGCGGGGCUAA